AUGGCCGACGCAAUCGAUGCACAAGACGGGUCUUUCACAGUUGGCAUUGUCGGCGCUGGUCUCAUCGGAGUCAUGCUAGCGGCGGGUCUGGUCCGUCGUGGCAUCGCCGUCAAAGUCUACGAGCAGGCGCGAGGCUUUCGCGAGAUCGGGGCAGGAAUGGCCUUCACUGCCACUUCGGUUCGGUGCAUGGAACUUCUCGAUCCAGCUAUUGUGUAUGCUUUGCGAUCCAGCGGAGCUGUUCCCAUCUCAAUCGGCGAUCAUCAAGGUGAAGCGCGUGAUUAUCUCCGCUGGGUGGAUGGAUACAACCAGGUUUCGGGCAAGGACACCACAUAUGAGAGGAAGCUAUAUGAAAUAGACGCAGGCAUCCGCGGCUUUGAGGGCUGUAGGCGCGACCAGUUUUUGGAGACGCUCGUAAAGGUUCUUCCUGAGGGGGUGAUCGAGUGCCAGAAGCGAGUACAGCAGGUUUAUGAGAAAGAAUUGGGGGACAAGAUCACUCUGGAGUUUGCCGAUGGCGUAUCUGUCGAGGUGGAUUGCGUGAUCGGUACCGAUGGAAUCCUGUCUCGGGUUCGGCAGCAUCUGUUUGGCAAAGACUCGCCCCACUCCUUCCCACAUUAUAGCCACAAGUUUGCGUAUCGGGGUCUCAUCUCAAUGGAAAACGCCAUCUCCGCCCUGGGGGAAUCCAAGGCGCACACCCUGAAUAUGCACGUCGGCCCAAACGCGCAUCUCAUCCAUUAUCCGGUCGCGAACCAGACCAUGGUCAACGUGGCUGCGUUCGUGUCGGAUACCAAGGACUGGACUGAUCAGACAAGUCUCGUACAGCCUGCCACAAGAAUUGACGCAAUGAACGAUUUCGCGAACUGGAAUACCUGCCUGCGCGCCGUGGUUAGCUUUUUGCCGGAAAGGAUCGACCGCUGGGCAAUGUUCGACACUUGGGAUUACCCAGCCCCUUACUUCAGUCGCGGUAAGGUUUGUUUGGCUGGUGACGCAGCCCAUGCAGCUGUCCCACAUCAUGGGGCAGGGGCUUGCAUUGGGGUCGAGGACGCGCUGUGCCUGGCGAUUUUGCUGGGAGAAGUUUCGGUCUCGAUGCGAGGGCAAAGCGCAAUGGACUGUGGGCGCGCUGUAGUUGCCGCGUUUAAUACCUAUGAUGCUGUCCGGCGGGUCCGCGCUCAGUGGUUUGUAGACAGUAGCCGAAGAGUAUGUGAUUUGUACCAGCAGCCUGAAUGGGCGGAUCCCGAGAGGUGGGGCAAGGCCGAGACCUGUUUCGAGGAGAUCAAAGAGCGCUCCCACAAGAUAUGGCACUUUGACUACAAUUCUAUGUUGCAGGAGGCAAUUGAGGGAUAUAGGCAGAGGAUGAGCGAGUGA